UAAAUCCAAUAUGGCGCCGCAGAAGGGCACUCUGCUGUCAACAACAGAUUUUCCGCUGUAUGCGGUACGGUCUCUUGGAGAUCGACACUUUCUUGUAGCAGGAGGGGGUGGUCAGGCUAAAACAGGCGUUCCUAAUGCAGUAGAAAUAUAUGAGCUGAAGUUGUCUGAUAACAAGGUUUUGUCAGCAAGUCUGUGUCGUCAUGAUACUGGGCUUCAGGCGGUUAUGAACUGCGAUACCUUCUAUGAUGGGCGCAACCAUUACCUAGCAACAGGACAGGAUGAUGAAUGCCACACAUACUCACUCAAAUACAAAGUUGUUCCAGCAGAAAAACAGCCAGAAUCCAAGGAAGCCAAGGUCAGAAAAAGAAAAGGAGAAACUGAAAAUUCCUCAAAGGAGAAAAGCAAUGAUACCAAACAUAUCACCUUUGACAUUGAACCAAUGAAACAUGUUACUACAGACUUUGCUAAAGAUGGCAGUUUUCAAAAAGUGGUCCGAUUUGGUGCCGACCAUUCUAUUCUGGCAACAGGAGGAGCUGAUGGUUUCGUCAGAGUGUGGCAGUAUCCAGACAUGAAAAAGAUCUAUGAAGUGAAAGCUCACUUUAAAACUGUUCACUUUGUCACAGACUGCCAUCCUAAACCAUUUUUGAAACCAUUGUUUUUCUGUCUAUUUUGUCCGAUCUUUCAAUAUGGGCUUAUUGAAGGCAGCAAAGCCAAAUUCAGCUUGUAUACUCUGAGCAUACCAAGCAAAAGAUCUUCCAAACCCUCACCAUGCUAUGUGACGUUGUGGGACCCCAGCACAUUUAAACCCAAGAAACAUGCCAGCACAGGAACUGAGGUUUCAUCAUCAUUAGCAGUCAGUGACGAUGGUAUCUACCUUGGUGUUGGCACAAUAUCUGGAAGUGUGUCUGUUUAUGUAUCAUUUAGUUUACAGAGGUUGUACCACGUGAAAGAGGCUCACAGUAUAUUUGUAACUGGGGUGGAGUUCAUGCCCAGCUCUGAAGGGUCCCGGGCUGUGACAGGGGGGCAAGAUUUCACACUGCUCAGCAUUUCUGCAGAUAACACCAUCAAGAUACACCAAGUUGCACCAAGAGGCUCCUACAGUGCAGCCUGGCUCGUUGUUGGAACACUCGCCAUCAUCUACGCCAUCUUCUGGCUAAUGUCCUCUUUUGGUAUUUGAUCUGCACAUUCCCACCUGCUGAGAAGGAUGUUUUGUUUGUCUUCAAUAUGGCUGUGAAACAUGUAGAUGGGAAAAUAUCCAGCAGACUAUCAGCCGAUAUGGCAACCCACUGAAAGAAUUGGAAAUCUAUCUCAAUUAAUGGUCUUAUCUCAUUUCUAUUUUUGUGACUGAUGUGAAACAAAGACGGUUUCCUCAUAUACUUGAGGCCACUGAUGAAUUGAGGGGUGAGAUAUCAAUGUUUGGGUUGUAUGUGGGUCAUUGCAGCCUAA